GCCCCCGCCCCGCCCCAAAGGUAAACCGGGAAGCGUCGAGCCCGGAGUGGGAUUUCCCGGCCGGGGCCUGCCGGCUGCAGUGGGAUUUCCCUGCUCGGCGGGACGCUCCGGCGGUGGCGCUUCCCCCUAGCUCAGGGCUGAGGCUCCUGGAAGCCGCGGCGCUGGCGAGGCUCCUCCCCUGCGAGCGGCGGCGGCGGGGGCGAGGAAGCUGCAGCCGGAGCCGCCGGGGGAGCGGAGCCCGGGACACCCCGGCAGUGACCCUAUGAAUUACUGAAGUCCAUUCAAAACCAACAAUGCCAAGGAGCUGGUGACAUCCCCGUUGCAGCUAUGGAUUUGGAUAGAUCCUCUGUCUGGGGAUCCCUGAAACAGAAAACCAGGCCUUUGUUACAAAACUUCAACAUAAAGAUGAUAAAGAAAAGCUCUAGAAAAAUGGUGCCUAGAAGGCAAAGGCAUUCCUUGGACCGACGCCUCAGCGUAUCUGUGCCCGACAUACUGGAGAAUGAGUCUUUCACAGGCGAAGAAACUACUUAUUCAGGUUCCCAGGCCCUGUCCACCUUUAUCCCCAGCACUCUUUCCAGCUCGGUCAUGUCUCUCAAGAGCAGCAGCACUUCUUUGAAACGGGCAGGAGAGGACCUGCAAUGGAGACAGCAGGAGGCUGUGCACACGGAGAUCAACAUAACAGAAACGGAAGUCAUGUGUGGAUCAGAACCCAGACGGAAAUCCAGCAUUGACCUCUUAGCAUUGCUUCAGAGAGCUCACCUGAGUGAUGAUCUGACAGAAAUGACUGAGCAUCCAUGUGAAGGGAUAGAUCUGGAAUCUUCAAUGUCCUCUCAACUUUUUGAUGAACAAAUUCCUCUUGAGGAAGGAAAUGACUGUUUGAGCAGCUUGUCCAGCUCCUUUGCUUACCUACUGACAAUACACCUGAAAGAAGGCCGGAACCUGGUCAUUAGGGAUCGCUGCGGUACAAGUGAUCCAUAUGUGAAAUUUAAAUUGAAUGGAAAAACUCUAUACAAAAGUAAGGUCAUCUACAAAAACCUAAAUCCAGUUUGGGAUGAAACUGUUGUGUUGCCAAUACGGACUCUUGAUCAGAAGCUCCGGGUCAAGGUAUAUGAUCGAGAUUUAGCCUCCUCUGACUUCAUGGGAUCUGCAUUUGUGGUGCUCAGCAACCUUGAGCUCAACAGAACUACUGAACAGAUUUUAAAAUUGGAAGAUACAAACAGUAUAGAAGAUGACAUGGGAGAGAUUGUGUUAAACUUGAGUCUAACAGUCAAGCAAGGAGACUUCAAGAGAACUUCAAGUUUCAUACGAAAUAUGCGACUGUCUGAAUACAUGCGAAAGAACGAAAUAUGGAAUGGAAUUGUGACGAUCACUUUAUUGGAAGGGAAGAAUAUCCCAGGAGGGGGCAUGAUACAGAUUUUUGUCCUGUUAAAACUGGGAGAUCAAAAAUAUAAAAGUAAGACACUGUGUAAGAGUGCAAAUCCUCAGUGGAGGGAACAGUUUGAUUUUCACUACUUCUCUGACAGGAAGGAUAUGUUGGACAUUGAGGUCUGGGGAGAGGAUAACAAAAAGCGUGAGGAGCUUUUGGGAAUGUGUAAAGUGGAUGUUACUGCACUACCUAGCAAGCAGACCAAUGUUCUAGAACUGCCAGUGGAGAAGCAUCUGGGGUCUCUGCUUGUGCUAAUUGCUGUUACCCCCUGUUCAGGGGUUUCUAUCUCUGAUCUGUGUGUCUGCCCCUUGGGAGACCCCAGUGAAAGGAAACAGAUUUCCCAGCGCUAUUGUAUAAAGAACUCCCUUCAGGACAUGAAGGACAUAGGCUUCUUACAGGUCAAAGUUUUAAAGGCAGUCGACCUGUUGGCAGCAGAUUUUUCAGGUAAAAGUGACCCUUUCUGUGUGUUAGAGUUGGGCAACGUCAGACUUCAGACCCACACAGUUUACAAAAACCUCAACCCAGAGUGGAACAAAGUUUUCACCUUCCCUAUUAAAGAUAUCCACGAUGUUCUUGAAGUGACAGUGUUUGAUGAAGAUGGAGAUAAACCCCCUGAUUUUCUUGGAAAAGUUGCUAUCCCUUUGCUGUCUAUUAGAAAUGGAGAGCAAUGUUGUUAUACAUUGAAGAAUAAAGACCUGGAACGUGCUUCAAAAGGAGCAGUUUGCUUGGAGUUGGAUGUCGUAUUUAAUCCAGUAAAAGCAAGUAUCAGAACCUUCAAGCCACGAGAAAAGCGCUUCAUUGGAGACAACCGCAAGUUUUCAAAGAAGAUCUUAUCGAGAAAUGUUGAUCGUGUGAAAAAAAUCACCAUGGCGAUAUGGAAUACAAUACAAUUUCUAAGGAGCUGCUUUCUCUGGGAAUCUACACUAAGGAGUGUGGUAGCAUUUGUGGUAUUUGUGGUCACUGUUUGGCACGUAGAGCUUUACAUGGUGCCUCUGGCUUUGUUGCUGCUCUUUGUUUACAACUUCUCUCUGAUCACAACAGGGAAGGUCAGCAGCGCCCAGGACACCCAGGAGACCACAUACCUAGAUGAGGAUGAAGAUGAGGAUGACAAGGAAUCUGAGAAAAAGGGAUUAAUUGAAAGAAUCCACAUGGUGCAGGAUAUUGUUAUAACUGUUCAAAACAUCUUAGAAGAAAUAGCCUCAUUUGGAGAAAGAAUUAAAAACACAUUCAACUGGACAGUGCCUUUCCUGUCAGUCCUGGCCUGCUUAGUUAUGACAGCAGCGACAGUUAUUUUGUAUUUCAUACCAUUGAGGUACAUUGUUUUAAUCUGGGGCAUAAAUAAAUUUACUAAGAAGUUUAGAAAUCCCUAUGCCAUCGACAAUAAUGAGUUACUAGAUUUCCUCUCCAGGGUACCAUCUGAUGUUCAAAAGGUGCAGCGUGCUGAAUUGAAACCAUACAGCAGCUCCAGUCCCCUCAGGAAGAAACGGAGUACUCUCUAGGAUGCAGACAGAUUUUGGAAUGCAACAUCCUCCUCCAUAUACACAUACACACUUACAGUUUUUUCUCCCCACACCCUUUUUUUGGUUCAGAUCAACACUUUAAUACCUGCCAUGGGCCCAGGAUGGUUCCAUACGUUUUCUGAUGUGCACCUAUCCUGGGCUGCCUUUCUUUUUAGCGUAGAGGCCUCAUCCAACCAGAGCAGGGACGAAUUAGUGGGUGGAGAAGAGCACAAGCGCGUGUUCCAUUUUUUUACUUGGAUUAUUAGGGUAAGACCGAAUGUUGCAGCUCUCCUUGUUUGUAUGUAGCAAGAUAUAAUUCUACCUAGUGUAGUAGAUCAGCUAAGCUGAUGUGAGGAGAUGCUCUGAACUAAUUUUUAACAUAUCCAACAGAUUUGCAUUAAGAUACGAGGCCUAUUCUUUUCUCAGUUAAAUCACAGUGCAUAGAAGGGUUUAAACUCUGAAUUAACAAGUCUUUGAUACCCUGCUUCUGUUCAAGCAGUGUAUAUUUUAAAAAGUUGUUAUCAUAAUUGCCAGAAACAGCUAGAAGCUCUCACAGUAUCUCAAUUUCAUCCAGCACUUGUGUUUUUAAAAACUGCUGUUAACUCCUUGAUGCCAGAAUUGCCUGACAUGAGGUCCAUUGCUGGCAAUGGACACACCAGGAUCCGCCAUUGUGAAAGGGUUAAGAGAAUUUGCGAACCUGAAAAGACUGUAUUUCUGACUUGCUAUUUAUAAUUCCAUCUCACCAGAUUUUUCGGCAUAACUGUUGCUUUUGUCUAAAUCUGGAGAUGUCAACACUACAACUCUCGAAGAAAAAUACUUUGUAGCCUUAAAGAUGCAACAUCUUGGGCAGGAGGAGAGCACUGUGCCCAAAGCGGUGUUGUAAAUAUGUUGCUUUGCUGUAAUAGUUCUCAAACUUGGGUCCAUUGACCACCAAUGUUCUAUGGAGUCUUUCCUGGUGCCUUUCAGAAUGAAAUAGUAAGAGGUCCAAGCAAUGAAGAACUGGUGUUUUGAUAGUAGAGGUGAGUCCCUGAGAAAAUUUGAAUUCUCCCAAUUAUCUAAGUCCUUAUAUAACAUUUCUUGUCCACAGAACUCAAUGCAUUACGAAGUUGGGUAACCAUUGUUUCCCAUUUCACAGAUGGGGAAAACUGAGGCACAGGGAGGCAAAAGCUUAUGCUGCUAAAUCACUUGAGGCGAUGUUGACUUGACACCCCUCAGCCCCCCAUCCACUGACCUCCCCUGAAGUGGUUUACAGAAUAAAGAAACCAGAGAACCACAGGAUACAGAUUACUUGAAAAUGCAUUAUUUAGAAAUAAUCUGAUUAAUCAAUGGCUGUAAAUAUAGGCCUACCUUUAUUGGCAGACCUGUCUUGAACAGAGUUAUAUCAUGGUAGCCAGCACUGCCCCCUGCAAAAGAAAUGGGAUUGCGUUUGUGAUAGUGAAUGGAUUAUUACUCAGAUUCAGUAAUUUUCUAAUAGUUUAUUUUUCAAAGUAGUUUUAACAAUGUUUACAAUGCCUUCAUUGAAGGAGAGGAAAUUUUUUCAUACAAGAUUUAAUUUUAUAAGCAAGGUAUUUCACUGGGAUCUCAUGUUGUAGGUAUAUAUGAAAGACUAGAAAAUAAAUUAGCCCUCAUUUAAAAAGGAAAUGUGUGUUGUGUAUAGUAUACGUACCUAUGUAUAUGCAUACAUAUAUAGUGUAUGUAUGUAUAUGCAUAUAUAUAUGUUUAUUAUGUGUAUCCUUAUGUACAUGUGCACACACAUUUGGAUUGCAGUUUAAAAAUCUUCAAAGAAAAUGUUUAUGAAAACCGCCAAAGAUUCUAAAGCUUAUCUUGUGUCUGUUCUUUUUCAUUUUGUAUCUUUCCCGGUAUGUCUUUCUGGCUGAGUCAGAUCUCUGCAUGAUUUGAUUUACUUCAAGUUAAUGAAGCCGGUUGGAAAGAGCCUUGUAGAAAUUAUAAAAGCUCCAGUAAAUCUCCUAUUUGUACAAACAGUAGAUAUGCACCGACCCCUUUUGUUAAACCAGUUACUCAAUCUUCUGUGUAAACAAUGCCUCAUUGUCUCACUCUAAACUAUCAUCUAGUUUAUCAUACUGUCGUCUGUAAUUUUGUAAGGACCAGAGUCAGACAUUUUUAAACACAUGUGAGAUCUGUUCAUUUAUUUGAAUGAAAACAUUCAAAAGGAGCAAAAAUACCUUAUUUGAUUGGAAGGUGGGACCAAUAUUUUAAUAGUAUUUUUUCUAUAGAAUUUUCCACAUGAACUGAUUGCUGUUCAGGAGACAGGGUAAUGUCUAUUUUUUUAAAUGUAGGUAUGCUAAAUUUCAGACUAGUUUGUAUUAGAUUAUUAUGCUGGAGACACACAAACAUAAGAGUUUUGCUAUGUUCCAGUACCUAUAUAUGUUGCAAAGAGCUGUUUGUUAUGAUAAAUAUUUUGAAAUACAAUAAACAUUUGAUCUUAA